GGGGUAGAAUUAACAAGACCCCAAGGUAUUUCAUUUAACAUGGGUCGCAUAAAAUCUAGUUUGGGCUGGUCCCUCUCUAACAAUAAACUUCGAAAUUUACCUUUCCUAUUAACACCCCCUGUUGAGGACAACACUUUUCCUAUUAACAGAUUCAUAAAAUUAAAACCGUUUAAACCGAAACUAACUAACUAUUCCCGCGUCCACACUCUUCAUUCUUGUUCUUUCACCAACCAUGAAGCAUCACAUCAAACCAACCUUCUUAACACUCUUCUCCACCUUCUUCCUCGCCGCCACCGCCGCCAACCUCCAAUUAGACUUCCCUUAUUUCACCGCCGACAACACCAACCUCACUUUCAUCGGCGAUUCCUCUCUAAGAAACGGCCUCGUUUCCUUAACUAAACCCACUUAUAGUACUGGUUCAAUUGUUUACAAAAACCCAAUUUCUCUCUUCGACAAAUUAACAAACACCACGUCUUCAUUCUCCACAACUUUCUCUUUCUCCAUCACUAACCCAAACAACCCCACUUCCUUUGGUGAUGGCAUCGCUUUCUUCCUCUCACCCAACAAUCUCUCAACCUCAUCUUCAUCUUCUUCUUCUUCUCGUUCUUCUCCUUUUGGUCUUCCUACAAAUUUUGUUGCUGUUGAAUUUGAUACUCGUUUGGAUCCUCGUUUCAAUGACCCUAAUGAGAAUCAUGUUGGUUUUGAUAUUGAUACGUUGAACUCUCUUAGAACUGUUGAUCCUAUUUCCAAUGGGAUUGAUCUCAAGAGUGGAAAUAGUAUCACUUCUUGGAUUGAUUACAAGACUGAUCAUAAUUUGCUAUCUGUUUUCUUGAGCUAUUCUCAUAUUAAGCCAAUUGAUCCUCUUUUGUCCGUGACCGUUGAUCUUUCGGAGUAUUUUAGGGAUAAUGAAUUUGCUUACGUUGGUUUUUCUGCUUCUGCUGAAAAAAGUACUGAACUUCAUCACAUUGAAAGUUGGAGUUUUUAUACUUUUGGAUUUCAACCUGCAAGACCCAGGUUGCAUUCUCACAAUGUUUCGGAUAAUUCUGUUAGUGUAACUACUGGGAAUGAGAUGAAUGUUCGCCGGCCGCAUUCUUUUUUGAAGAAGAACAAGAGGUUUGGUGUUGGUUUUGCUGUUGCUGGUCCUGUUUUUUUCUGUGUUGUUUUUUCUUUGUUGGGGUAUUAUUCUAUUUUGAAAUGGAAAGGGAUGAGAAAAGGGCAAAAGAAUUUUGAAACGGGGUUUGUUGCUUGUCCUAGACAGUUUGAUUACAGAGAAUUGAAAUCGGCUACAAGAGAAUUUCAUCCUAGUAGGAUCGUCGGUCAUGGUUCGUUUGGUACUGUGUAUAAAGCUUUCUUUAUAUCUUCUGGAACCAUUGCUGCUGUGAAAAGGUCAAGGCAUUCUCAUGAAGGGAAGACUGAGUUUCUUUCUGAAUUGUCCAUUAUUGCUGGUUUAAGGCACAAGAAUUUGGUUCAGUUGUUAGGUUGGUGUGUCGAGAAAGGAGAGUUGCUUCUUGUUUAUGAUUUCAUGCCUAACGGAAGCUUAGACAAGAUGCUUUACAAAGAACCUGAAAGAGGGAAAUUGUUGAAUUGGUCUCAUAGAGUUAACAUUGUUGUUGGUUUGGCUUCUGUUUUGGUUUAUCUUCAUCAAGAAUGUGAGCAAAGAGUGAUUCAUAGGGACAUUAAAACUGGGAAUGUUUUGCUGGAUGGAAAUUUCAACCCUAGGUUGGGUGAUUUUGGAUUGGCUAAACUCAUGGAUCAUGAUAAGAGUCCUGUUUCAACUUUAACUGCUGGAACAAUGGGGUAUCUUGCACCAGAGUAUCUUCAAUAUGGGAAAGCUACUGAUAAAACUGAUGUUUUCAGCUAUGGUGUGGUUGUGCUUGAAGUGGCUUGUGGAAAAAGGCCUAUUGAAAGAGAGGGUCCAAAGAUGGUUAAUUUGGUGGAUUGGGUUUGGGGUUUGUAUUCUGAAGGGAGGAUAAUUGAGGGUGCUGAUAAGAGGUUAAAUGGUGAAUUUGAGGAGGAAGAAAUGAGGAAGCUUUUGAUGUUGGGAUUGAGUUGUGCUAAUCCUGAUAGUGCUGAGAGACCAAGUAUGAGAAGGGUGUUGCAGAUUCUCAACAAUGAAGCCGUGCCAUUUGCUGUACCAAAAGUGAAGCCAAGCCUUACAUUUUCAACUGAUUUGCCAUUGACUAUUGAUGAGAUUGUUUCUGAUGAUGGUGGUGGUUAUGAAGAGUUCAAUACAAGCCAGUCUAUGUGUGAGAUUAAAAUUGACUGAAAAAGUUGUUGAACUUAUUCAUUUCAUUCUUUUUACUUGUAAAGUUUCUAUUCUGUAGUUUGAGUAAGUAAGCACUAAAAAGAAUAGACUAGUCAUAGUUCAUUGACAGUAGUUCAGUGCCAAUCUAUUGAAUUUCAUGGUGUAAGGAUAAGGUGUAUUUCAGCUGCAGAUGUAUUAGUUUUGGUAUAUACAAAAAUUGACAAGUUUCAUUCCAGUAACAAACAGCUUAGUGUUUUUCCUCAAUUUAGAUGCUCCCUCAAAGUCUUGAGGUGUUGAAAACUACAAGUGUCCAAAAUUGGAAAAUUGAAACAAGUGUCUGUAAUUUUUAAUGUCAAAUCAGCAUGUUAAUAAU